AUGGCGACAUUGAAUUUCGCCUUGAGAAACAACACCAGUUCCAGCCAGGUCUAUGCCUACAUCACCGGCCGGGCACUGGAUAACAACAGUGCGCUGUUCCUCUUGCGAUCAGAUGGCAGGACAGCCUACUACCCAACCUCGCCGUCUAACAUUCUGAGCAAUCUGGCCUACGACUGUGCAAUUCCGCUAGGUAGUCCUGGCAAUACCACUACCAUUACCAUCCCGCAUCUUGCCGGUGCUCGGUUGUGGUUCUCGCAGGACAGCAAAUUGACCUUCUUUCUGAACCCGGGUCCUGCUCUCGUCGAGCCCUCGGUUUCUAACACAUCAGACGCCAACUACAAUCUGAACUGGGCCUUCUGCGAGUUUACCUGGAACGACUACCAGCUCUACGCCAACCUCAGCUAUGUCGACUUCGUAUCAAUGCCAAUCGCCAUGUCGCUGACCAAUACAUCUGGCGCCACUCAAACCGUCCGGGGUCUACCAGCCAACGGUCUCGAACAGGUCUGCAACGCGCUCAAAGAGCAACAUCAAAGGGACAAUGCCGGCUGGGACCAGCUGGUAAUCCAGAAGAAUGGUGUCAAUCUGCGCGCAUUGUCUCCAAACACGGGCCGCACUCUGAAUAACUCCCUGUUCAACGGUUAUUACGAACCCUAUGUAAACCAAGUCUGGUCUUACUACGAGAACAGCAGCAACAAUAUCUUGACGGUCAACACGCAGGCGGCUGCCGGUGACGUUACUGCCAAGACAGCUUCCGACACGAUGUACUUCUCCGUCCCAGGUAUUUCCUACACCAAGCCGUCUACCGGGGACAUCUUCAGCAACAGCAGUGGGCCCUUUGCUCCCUCGGGAAAUGGCACCAAAGAUGCCAUCACGGCACGUCUGGCUGCUGCUUUCAACCGCUCCACCUUGUUGAUCAAUGGCAGGCAGCCGAAUGGCGAGAAUGUCUCUGACUAUUACCGCAACUCCGUGACAAACCACUACUCGCGCAUCUGCCACUCUGUGAGCCUUGAUGCACGGGGAUAUGCCUUCCCCUAUGACGAUGUUGCGCCGAACGGUGGUGCCGACCAGUCUGGUAGUGUCUAUGAUGGCAGCCCAAGGCUUUUGACUGUUACCAUUGGUGGCGGAGCUAAUCAAUCUGUCAUGAAGUCUGAUGCUGAGGAACAGUCACCUCUAGUUCCGCAACCAACAGAGGAGCCGCAGACUCAGCACGAAGUUAAGAAGCCGAGUCGGUUCCAGAGACUUGUGGACAAGUUUUCCCACUGA